AUGGCGGCCAUUGCGGAGGAACGCCCCGUUGAGACUGAAAAAAGCAGCAACAAAACGUCGUCGGCACACCACAAGAGCGUGGUCUUAGGCAAGUUCUCGGAGCACUGUUCAGUGCUGACGGCGUGCCUGCAGGCCAUGCGGCGGGAGGAGCUUCUCUGCGACGUGAUUCUGGUGGUGGAAGGGAAGACCAUCCCCGCGCACAGGGUCGUGCUGGCCGCCUGUAGCGACUACUUCCUCACCGUCUUCACGUCAGAAGCCGAGGGCACCGAAGAGCAGCGACAGGACACGACAAUCCACGAAGUCGCCGACGUAAACUUCGACGCCGUCCACAAAAUCGUAGCGAUGAUGUACUCUGGCGAAAUCGCCAUCAGUCCUGAGACUAUCGAAGAUCUCCUGAACGCUGCCCAGGUCCUACAAGUCGCCAAGGCCACCGAUUUCUGCGUGCAGUAUCUACAAACACAGGUGGACAAAGAGACGUGUCUUCAGUUUCUCAGCAUCGCGGACAAGUUUGAGCUCCCCGACCUCGACCGGAGGUACAUGCUCCAGCACGUGCACGAGAACUUCUCCGACGUCUCCAAGACCGAAGACUUCAUCAACCUGGACAGUAAGACCGUGCAAGAGAUCUUGAGCAGCGACAGGCUGGUGGUAUCGACGGAGAAGGAAGUUUUUGAAGCGGGAAGGAGGUGGCUAGCGCACGACGAGGAGAGAUACGAGCACGCAGAGGCCGUCCUAGGUAGGGUGCGUUUCUCGUUCAUGUCGCAAGAGGACCUCCUGCAAGCUGUGUGCGAGAACGUGCUAACAGCUAACCCAGGAGUCAUGGCGGUCGUACAGGACGUGGUGGAAAGUCGUCUGCACCAUGGCAACGGUCAGUCGCAGAGCCGCCUAGCGGAGACCCCGCGAGGUGCACCCGUGAGGAAGCUGGUCAUCCUGGGAGAAGGACAUGAAGACAUCCCCAGGGUCUAUCAGACGUGCAGAUAUUACGAGCAGAAGUGGGAUGAGUGGGUGGACCUGUCCUCCAUGCCUCCCGGGAAGGUCAGCAGACACGCGGUUGCCAUGGUGAGCCACGCCCUGUACGUCAUCACCGACCUGAAGGACAGACACGAGCUGCAUCGGUACGACCUUGGGGUCAAAGGUUGGCGGCAGCUGGCCGGGCCUGAGCACAGGAGGACCGGGUACGCGCUGAGUGUCUGGCGGGAGCACCUGUUCCUUAUCGCCGGGAAGUGCCCGGGGGCGGCGGCGGUACCGGUGGAAGAGUACGUGCCCAAGGACAACGAAUGGAAAUCAAUUUCAGGUUUCCCGUCAGAAGUGUUUGACCACGCGGCCACGGCGGGACCGGACGACCAGCUCUACGUGACGGGCGGGGCGGUGGCCCAACCCGCGGGCAUUUUCGACAGCGGCCCGGCCAAGCCCGCCAGCAAGCGGUGGGUCUACUGCUGCCCCGGCCCGGGACAACCCUGGGAACGAGAGGCCAACAUGAACGCACCCCGGGCACGACACGUCAUGCAAGUGUUAGGAGACGGUAUGUACGUGUUUGGCGGUCACGCCUCCAAGGGCACGGGCGACGUGGAACGCUUCGACCUGACGUCACGGCAAUGGAGCGUGGUCACCAAGCAACGUGUUCUGGCGGGAAUGUCUCCGCACGGGGCCGUGACGAUGGACUACCGGAUCUACGUCGCGCUGAAGGGGGAGGGGGACAGUAGAGGGGUGGUGUACGAGUAUGACCCUGAGACAGAGAGGUGGGACACGCACUGCAGGCUGCCGUGGGACGUUAGAGGGUUCGGACUGUGCUCGGUGGACGUGCCGCAGUGGCUGCUCAAGAGGAAGGGCACCAUCACGUAGCACUUUAAUACUGCAGCUCAUGUAUAUAACGUUGAUAACUUUUUCGUAGAGAACUUAUAGUAUAAAGUAUAUGUGCAAGAGCCUAAAAUGACGAGGUUUUGAUGCCUGUCUAGUCUCUACCACUAGUACCAGGCUUCAGAACUGAAGCGACUGGAAAAGGAGUAGAAAUUGGUCAAAUCACGUAGCAAUACUGUAGCUUAUGGUAUAUU